CCCCCGUGAGCUCAAGCGGAAAUGUGCUUCAGUCUCCCAGUGCGGAGUCAUUUUUGCUCGAUUAUGCUCUGCGAUUCUCAUUACAUGGACGGAACGGCGACCGAAAGGCACGGAGGCUCACAUGGCGUCGAGGACGUGCGACCUUGAGAGGAAAGCUGGAAGGGAACCAGCCUGUUUGGACGGCCCGUAGGGCGACGCUGAGACGGGGCUGCGGUGGCUUAGCUGCCGUUUACCGAGCAGUGGGGAACGGAAAGCUCUGGAAGAACGGAACUCUACUCUGCGCUGAGGGAGAAACGGUUCACUCACAGAAGUAGUUAACUAUCCGCGAGUUAAGCCGAGAAGGCGAGUUUUUUCGGGGCCUAAGAGGGAGCUGCUAGCUCCAGAGCUACAUGGGCUGGAGUAGUUCGGUGAAUUAUUUAAUCUCCUCCAGCUCCGCGCCUCACACAGCCACCCGGAGGGACGGCGCUCGGAAACAUGCGCGGAGGGAAGACGAGGAUUAAAUAGACCGUUUCAUGGCUUUGGGUUUGGGACGAAAACCAGAAAAAAAAGACAGGAGCCCAGAAAGGUGCGAGCGUGUGGCCCGUGUGGAGGAGUCAGAGGAGUCAUGCGGCGGUGGGGGAGGAUCGGAGCGGGGAGCUCACUCACAGCAGUAGCAGGAGCGGCAGCCCACCACGCUAAUGUAGGUCUCUGAACAACAACAACACGCCUAGCAUGUUCCGCUGUUACACGUUUAAUGCGAAGGAGAGGCUUCUAAACACAUUCACUCGAGUCCUUACAGGCAGCUAAGUUAAUCCGCCUCAGAGUUUAUGCCAGUUGCACGUUUCACUUGAGCAAGAUCAGAGCUCUCCACCAACAGCCACAGCACUAUCUGACUGAAGUUAGGCUAGCAGCUCCACAAACACGCGCGCACGCGCCAGUGGUUUGUUUGGUUGCCACAGCUAACAGAGACGCUGGUAACCCAUCGCCACUCUGAUGAUCUGAUAGACCUUAUCAUUCACCAUUAAGCCUAACAAUCAGGGCCAAAUCCUCGCAUGUUUGUGUCUCCUUAAACGAGUCCGUGACCUGACCUGCGCUCAGAGGCCCAGAUGGCGUCGUUUCCAGAUUCUGACCUGCAGACAUGCCCCCUGUGUAAGGAGCUGUGUGGCUCCUCCGCUCCGAUCUCCUCCAGCUCAUCUACCUCUUCAUCCUCCUCCCAAACGUCCAACUCCUCUACCUCAUCCACCAGAAGACUCCACGUCCUGCCCUGCCUGCACGCCUUCUGCAGGCAGUGCCUGGAGGGCCUGAGGAACAACGGCGACCCCCUAAAGCUCCGAUGCCCGACUUGUGACCAAAAGGUGGCGAUGUCCGAAUCCGGCGUGGACGCUCUGCCCUCCUCCACGUUCCUGUUCAGCGACCUGCUGGACGUCGUAGGGUCCGCCGAGGAGCAGGGCAAAGGGAACAACUGCAGGGGCAACGGAAACCCUCACGGAGGGCUCCUGCGCGCGCACCACCUCGCGGACCCUCAAUGCAGCUCCUGCGACGAAGGCAACCCCGCUACCUCGCACUGCCUGGACUGCCAGGAAUACCUCUGUGACAACUGUGUGCGGGCCCACCAGAGGGUCCGCCUGACCAAAGACCACCUCAUCGAGAGACGGAUGGAGAGUUUGCACCUGGCAGGCCGAGCUAACAGCUCCAGCACUCCGCUCAGCCUGUCCCAGUCGUUCCACAACUUCUCCCUGCUCCCUGUUUUCCACGAUCGAGUGGACUACUGUCAGCAGCACGACAACGCGGUGCUGCGUUUUUUCUGUGAGAGCUGCUCCGUGCCCAUCUGUAGGGAGUGCAGUGUUGGGAGACACGUGGGCCACAGUGUCUCCUACCUGCAGGAUGCGCUGCAUGACUCCAGAGCGCUCACUAUCCAGCUGCUUGCUGAUGCGCAGCAGGGCAGACAGGCUGUGCAGCUGAGCAUUGAGAAGGCCCAAGCCAUCGCUGAGCAGGUGGAGCUGAAGGCUAAGGUGGUGCAGUCAGAGGUAAAGACCACCACGCUCCGUCAUAAGAAAGCCCUGGAGGAGCGCGAGUGUGAGCUGCUAUGGAAGUUGGAGAAGAUCCGCCAAGUGAAGGCUAAGUCACUGUACCUUCAGGUAGAGAAGCUCCACCAGAACCUCACCAAGCUGGACAGCACUAUUGCUACAGUGACAAAGGUGCUGGAGGAGGGUCGCAGCAUGGACAUCCUGCUAGCACGCGAGCACAUGCUGAACCAGCUGCAGGAGCUCAAAGCGCUACGCUGCAUUCUGCAGCCACAGGAGGACGACAGAAUUAUGUUCACACCUCCAGAUCAGGCGCUUCUGAUUGCCAUUAAGUCCAUGGGCCUCAUCAGCAGUGGAGCUUUUGCAUCAGCCACCAAAGCCCAUGGGGAAGGCCUCAAGAGAGCUCUGCAGGGAAAGCUGACUUCAUUUACGGUGGUGGGUUACGACCACGACGGAGAGCCACGGCUGUCUGGUGGUGAUGGUGUUUCUGUGGUCUUAAUGAGUCCAGAUGGAAACCUGUCGAGUGCCGAUGUAUCUGACCACCAGGAUGGCUCCUACACAGUCAGCUACCUCCCCAAAAGUGAAGGUGAGCACCUACUCUCCGUGCUUAUCUGCAACCAGCACAUUGAGGGAAGCCCCUUCAAAGUCAUGGUCAAAUCUGGCCGCAGCUAUGGAGGCAUUGGUCUGCCUGUUGCAUCCUUUGGUGGAGAGGGUGAUGGUGAUGGACAGUUAUGUCGACCCUGGGGGAUCUGUGUUGAUAAGGAAGGCUAUGUGAUUGUGGCUGACCGAAGCAACAAUCGCAUCCAGAUCUUCAAGCCAUGUGGCACCUUUCACCACAAAUUCGGCACUUUGGGCUCACGGCCUGGCCAGUUUGACCGACCUGCGGGGGUUGCCUGCGACAGCCAGAGGAGAAUCAUUGUGGCUGAUAAGGACAAUCAUCGCAUCCAGAUUUUUACCUUCGAUGGUCAGUUCCUUCUCAAGUUUGGUGAAAAGGGAACCAAAAAUGGGCAGUUCAACUACCCCUGGGAUGUGGCUGUUAAUUUGGAGGGGAAGAUUCUGGUCUCAGACACGCGUAACCACCGAGUACAGCUGUUUGGGCCUGAUGGAGUGUUCCUCAACAAGUACGGUUUCGAAGGCGCCCUCUGGAAGCAUUUCGACUCUCCUCGAGGAGUUGCCUUCAAUCAGGAGGGCCACCUAGUGGUGACUGACUUCAACAAUCAUCGUCUGCUCGUCAUCAGGCCUGACUGCCAGUCGGCUCGCUUUCUUGGCUCCGAGGGAACGGGUAAUGGGCAGUUCUUGCGUCCGCAAGGCGUAGCUGUAGACCAGGAGGAUCGCAUUAUCGUGGCUGACUCUCGAAACCAUCGUAUUCAGGUGUUUGAACCCAACGGCAACUUCUUAUGCAAGUUCGGGACUCAGGGUAGCGGCUUCGGGCAGAUGGAUCGCCCAUCGGGUAUAGCUGUUACCCCUGACGGAAUGAUUGUAGCCGUUGACUUCGGAAACAACCGAAUCCUCAUGUUCUGAGCUACUUUGUUCAAGGUUUGAAAUAUAUGGUAGCUGAGGAGGUAAAAAGAAGAUUUAGGUACACACUCAUCAGGAGCAAACAUGGCUGAAAGUAUGGCAGUAGUACAGAGCCUUUUACACAUCUAUAUUUAUCAUGAUUGUAGUUUAAUUUGCGCUGCUGGCGAAAGUGUCCCUGUUGUACACAAGCCAUUUGAGUAGGAGUAGAGCAAAAAGACUGUGGUCGCUGGUAGUUUAGGCUAUUUUGCUCUUGAUCUGUGUCUUGAAAUCUUUCUUGUUUGUUUGAUUUUUUUCUCAGGGAAUUUCUAGCAUUCUUGAAAUAAUUUUCUGUCUCUGCAUUAUACCUACCUCAUCUAGCCUAUGUAUGAAUGUACUCUCUUGUGUGUGCAGAGUCUGUUCUGUGAAGUUUUAUAAAGACGUCUACCUCAGUGCUUUUUUAUUUGUAGAGUCAGAGAACAUAACAUAAGAAAUGAAGCAAUGUUUGGUUGAUAUUUGCACAGCUCGCACAAAUUUCUUCUGAUUGUUACUGUGCGCAGAACACAGGUUGGACCCCUGAAUGUUUGAGUACAGUGCACCAAAAGACUAGGGCUGCAUGGGCAGAAACAUUUGGAUAAUGUUUUGAUAAAUCUACUGUUUUUUUUUCUGAAUUUCAUGUUUUAAAAUUUUUCAUUUGCGUCAUACCUCAUCUAAACCUCUUACCUCACAGCUUAAAUGUACCUCUGUGUACAGUUGCCUCAUUUUGCAUACCUCACUUUGUGUUGUUUUUCAUUUAAAGAUUAUGCAAGCCUAUGGAAAACUACCAACUACCAAAAUGCAUGAUUGCCUACAGAAAUAAUUAUUACGAGCUUUUGCUAAAUUACUUGGUAAGUCUAUUAGUACAGAAUAGAGUCCAGAGUUGAAUAAUGCAAGAAACUAAUAGCUCCCAUUUCAAAAAAAACAUUUAAAAGAAAAGGGGCAAAAAGAAUGCUAUGAAGAUUACUUUUUUAUUAUAAAUUCUUUGGGACCUAUGAUAAAAUUUAAUCAUCCCUUAUUUUGCUUAUUUAUGUAUUUGUUUGUUCUUCAUCUAAUGCACCAUUAAGAUGAAGUGAAGAUUAUCAGAAAGAUUGUUUGGCACAUGGCUGACUUGCUGUAAUUGGCAAACUUGGAUGUAAUCCAAACCUGGUAGGACUCCAUUGUUUAUUUUGAUGAAAGGCCUUUCCAAAUGUCUGGAAUGUAUUUAUUGGCCAAAUCCAAAAAGAAAUAACUUGGAUCUCUUGGGAGACCAUUUGCUCUGUCAGUGGAACACAGUUUGAAAACAAAUCGAAUCAUUUGAGUGUGGUCUAAAAUUAGAGAUGUUUUGCUUUAUUUGUGGGGAACCACUUUAAUGAAUGCUAUUGCCUGCUUCUUUGAUUAUUUAUUAAAAAGAAAGCAUUGGAAAGCAACAAAAAAGACAAGCACUGACAUCCAUAAGUCCAACAGUACACAGCAGUUUUCCAUGUAAGACAUGUAAUUAAAAAAAAUGUCCAUUUGAAAAUAAAACUUUCCAGCAAAGUCUGGUCAAGUUUUCACUGAAAGGCAGUUAGAAAUAUGUAUAACUGCUUGUUCCGACCACAUGCCCUUGCCAAGGCCUAAAAAGUCUGCAUGUCAGGUGCUGCUUUAGGUCGGCAUCUCUUUUCUAGUCAGGCUUUCCUGUCUGUAAAGCUGCUUGAAUUGUGGUGGAGGUGAGAUUUAUGAGGGCUUUUCUUGCUGACAGUGUGUCACUAGAUGUCUGCUCUUAGGUCUGGUAUAUACCUUUUCAGAAACAAAAGGUAAAAUCAGGCACAGUUGCUAGGCUAGUCUUAUUCUGCUCUAAUUUAGCAUUAAAUGGAGGCUCCAUCUAUGAGAUGCAUCCCGUUUUGAUUUUUGAAAUGGAAGAAUGUUCACAUGCUUGGCAGCUUUUCUAUGAGUGGCAAGGCAAAUAGUGGCUAAUUUCUUGGUGUAAUGCGCUGACAGUAUUUCUAUAUAGGCUGCUGCUUUUUGUACCCGUUUGUUCCAUUCACAUGCUUCAGAAUUCUGUCUUGCCAAAUGGUGACAACUGGAAAUAGGCAUGUGCCAAAAAAGAAAUGUACAUGGACACUGGUUCUGAAGCUGGUCUUUAGAUUGCUGUCAUAUUGAGUAUUUUACCCUUGGUUUCUCAGAAGAAUGGAGUCAAAGUCUAGCAUUAACUUGCUGUUGUAGAAGAAGGGUUGUAUACACAAAGAGUUGCCAUUGCUUGAGCUGCUUAUCCAAAACGGUUAGCAAGACCAGUUCAGCAAGUAAGGAACCUGAUCCCAGAGUUGCAGGGUGAUAAACAAUUAGAAAAUGUAAAUGACUAAGGUAUAUUGAGAGGAGAGAAGAGUGUGGGCAUUGGGCAGUAGUGGAAUAAAUAAUGAAACAUGAAUUUUGCUACUUAUAAAUCUUCACAUCGAUUUGCCCUCUCAUUCAGUAUUAAUGUCCAUUAUUUAAUGUGUUUGAAACUUAGAUGCGGCUCUGUCAUUCAGAGAUCCAAAGAAAUCUCUUCUCUUUAAGAGAAAAAAAGAAUUAUUUUUGCAUGCUUUAAAAGCCCUUGUAGACAUGUGUAUGUGGAAAGAGGUGAUGGAGGGGAGACAAUGACACAUAUGGAUAUAUACCAAAAAUGUUCUUUUGUUGGUUUGCGGUGGGUGGCUUUGACUACACGAUUGUAUUACUGUUUAAUAAAUAGCUUUACAGAGCAAGGUACUUUUUAGUGUGAGACCUUAGGAGAAAGGUUUAAAUAUGCCUUAACACUGCUGCAGUAAACUUCAACUUUUUUUCCCCUUCUUUUCCGCUCCUCUUUUGGAAUUUAAUCAGACUCUGAAAACUGCCAAAGAGCUUGCUCUGUUUUUUUCCCCUCCCUGUUAGUAAUGGUGUUGGUAAAAGUAUCCUAUUACAACUGAUUUAGGAGAUAUACUGAGAAAUCUAUACGGAGGAACUAUCAUGUGUCAGCCCACUAAACCCGAAAUUUGUUGCAUCGGUAUAUGCUUUGUGUGGUGGCUAUUCGGAAAGCUCCUUAAGAGCAGAUUAAAUUGUGAGGGCUAGCUCACCUUCUCAGAACAUAGUGCCAGUACAGUAUGACGAAUAGGGACAUGUCUACAAGAAGUCUUUGCUGUUAAUCGGACUCGAACGGUGCCCUUCAGAAUGUCUAAUCGCUGCAUGGUAUCUCUUGAUAGGACCUUUGGUCAGUGUCUGUACGGGUUUCCCACCAAUUAUGGUGUAUUCCAGCUUUUGACCUGUUUCCUAAUCUGGAAAAAGCAGAAGGAAAAUGUAAACAGUUCAGAAGUGCAUGGUCUUUUUAUGAUUGUAUUAUCUAUGAAGAAAAGAAAAACACAAAAAAACUCAGGUAGCUUUCUAGAGAUUUGAUUCGAAUUCAAUAUUUGUUUCUUACAAUCGGAUAGAAAAUCCUUUGUUAGUACUUCAUAAAAGUUAGUAUCUAUUUUGUGUGUGCAUUUAUUGUAUUGAUCUAUGAAAAAAAAAGAAAAAAAAACUUGUUGCUGUUGUUGAAUUCCAUAGGAUCCUUUACAACCAAAUUUGCAAUUAGUUGUGUUAACUUUCAAUUGGGGGGUGAGCAAAAUGUAAUAUUUAGAGAAACGGCUGUCUAAAUUCAACAAUUCAAAUAGCACUAAAGCAACUGCGCUGAGAUAUUUUUGAUACCAUGAGGAUGUGAUCUUGUUGAUUGCUGUAUUGAUGGGAGAGAUACUCAAAGUUCAGUAUACUGAGAAUCAAAAUUGACCAAAGAAAUAAACUGGCUGCCUAAAGAAAUUAUUUUGCCUUGGGAUGCAUCAGAAAUUCCUUAUUACAGUGUUUUUUCUGAUAACAGCAGUCCAUUUUUUUGUAUAUUUAGGAAUCCAAAUUGUAUUACAGUAUAUCGUGUCUCCAUUUCUUCAAAUCAUCACAGCUUUUUGUUUGAUCGUUACUGGAUCGUGGGCUUGGCUGUGAGACAGGCUAAGCCAAGAGAUGUGGAUAGAUGGCUGCCUUAAGUUCAGACCAGGGCUCAGUUUUGCCUUUUAAAAUAUAAUGAUUAGGAUAGAAUCGAAGUAGCAAAUGCAGAUUCCUGGUCUGUCAUCUUGGGUGGAUGUAAUGUUUGGUGCCCUCCAAGAGGUUCGCAGUUAGUUUUAUCAUUCUCUACUCUCCCUCUCUUGCUCUCUAAGCAGCACUCACCAUCCCCAAACUUUCAAUCAGAACAAAAUACUCAUGGAUUCCUGUCUGGGUCAGACUGAGGAGACUGUAUGAAAUAUUUGGUGGUCUACAGUCUUGUGCUCUUUUCUUUUGUGGACUUUAAACAUUUUCCUAUGCAGUUUUUGAUUUUAUGUUUGGUUGUUUACACUUAAAUAAACUUGUAUCUCUUGGGAUCCUGAA